AUGGGAGACGCUGCACCUUCGAACAUUGCUCCAACUCCUGAAGUGUCGAAUUUGCAUCCAGCCCCACCUCCAGAGGUGAAUCCUUGGAAGAAGCCAUUGAGCUCGCCACACUUAGCUCCGCAAAAAGAAAGCAUGAAAUUACCUGACUCUUUGGCCAUACCAUCAAAUGGAAAGCCGCAAGCCCAACCUGUCGUUGCAAAAGCCAGGAAUACGGGAAAACAGAAGUGGGUACCUUUGGAGGCCGAAAUUUCAGUCUCAUCCCCUACCAAAACGAAAAAUAAAUCAGCCAAUGGCAACAGCAAGAAAAAAGACCCAAAGCAAAACCAAAGCAAACGCACGAAUCGCAAGAAGCUCGCACUGAAUUCUGAGCAGCAAGAGGAUAAAACUGUGGUGCACGAUACAACCACAAUUACGACAAUUUCAAAUAUGUCCAGUGCCCCAACUGAGGCCACAGAUGUCUCAGACGAAAAAACACUGGCAAAGCUUGCUUCCCAGCUUACCAUUGAUUCUUCAGAGGGGCAUGAGAUAGCACCUCCAACUUCUGGAUCAGAGGCCACGCUGGAUAAUGGCUUCACGGGAAUUGCUUCCACUCCUCAAGACCAAAACUCGGAACAGUUCAAUGAUCCGCAAAUCCAAAAGCAUCAAAGAAGCAAAAGUUUUAACGGCAACAACAUGAGGUACAACAAAAAAAAUAGAAACCCAUAUUCUCGGUCAUCGGCCAACUUACCUUCGCUUCCUCCAUAUCCAGUUCUUUCCUCGACCCCCUACUACGUGCCGUAUUACAUGCCGCCUAUACGACCAUAUGGGGUUUCUAUGUCACCCUCUUCAUCGCGGAGGAACAGCCAACUGAAUUCUCAGGCUUCUUCUAGGGGCUCACCUAAAUCCACCGAUGAUCCUAAAAUCUCGGCCACUGGUGAGCGUAACUCGCAGCAUGGAAGCCCUAGCCGCAGCCCAGAAACGGUUCCUCCAUCAAUAUAUGGAGAUCCUAACUUGUAUUAUGGUGUGAUGCCUGGAAUCCCGCCUCACGCCGGUUCCCCAGAUCCAGGUUCCCCAGUCCCAUACUUCCAACCAUAUUAUAUGCCUCCUCCAACGGCGGGGUUCCCGCUGUACUCCUCGCAAGCCCCCUAUUCACCAACAUAUCCAGGAAUUACUGAAAAGCAUAGCGAUGAUAACUUGGGACGCUUGACAAAACAGCUGGAGUAUUAUUUCUCCAUGGAGAAUCUACUAAAAGAUAUUUUUCUCAGAAAACAUAUGAACUCCGAAGGAUAUGUGAGCGUUGCGUUUAUAGCAGGGUUCUCCAGAGUGAAGAUCUUGUCUGGAGGAGACUCGAAUUUGAUAUUACAAGCAUUGAAGAGAACCAAUUUAUUGGAGAUGGCUGGUUCAGAGAAAUCUGAGGUAGUCAGGCUGAGAGAAGGAUGGGAACGGUGGGUUCUCCCUGAAGAUCAGCGAGAACCAUAA